UGUUACGUCAGGAAAAUGCGACUGCAGUUGUUUCCGGCUGAGCUUCUUCACUUCAGCCAGCAAGGAAGCUGGAAACUGAACAUAUGAUCUAAACCAACUCUGGAACAGUCUGAGAAACCGACAGGACAUGUGUUUUAUAGUCUUCUGAAGAACGUGUCCAUGUUAACUACAGAAGGAGCUGAUCUGUGUUCCUCUUGGUCUCCGUGUGGUUCCAGUCAGAGUUUUAAAUGAUUUUAUAGUUCUUUUACAUAGACGGGAAACAAGAAUAGAUCAAGAAGCAAAGAACAUGUCCCGAUCGUACAGGAAGAACGACAUUCCGGACAGAUGGCAGGACUACAAUGCUUUGGGGAAGAGACUGAAAGGAACUCGCUUCAUCGCUUUCAAAGUGCCUCUGAAACCGGCUUUGACUUGGAUGCUCCCAUCCUCCGAUGUGUUUGGCCCCUGGGAGCUGCUGGAUGCUCUGAAAAAGGACAACCAAGAGCUAGGGCUGAUCAUUGAUCUGACUUUCACCACACGUUACUACACACUGCAGGAUGUUCCUCAGUCGCUGAUGGUCAUAAAGAUCUUAACAGCUGGUCAUUAUGUUCCCGAUGAUAAUACCAUCCUGAGUUUCAAGCGCGCCGUGCACAGGUUCCUCCGAGACAACAAGGACAAUGACAAGCUGAUCGGAGUCCAUUGCACCCAUGGACUGAACCGCACUGGCUACCUGAUCUGCAGGUAUUUGAUCGACAUGGAUGGGAUGGCCCCGGAGGAGGCAGUAGAGUUGUUCAACUCAUCACGGGGCCACGCUAUCGAGAGACAGAACUACCUGGAGGACCUUUAUUAUGGUCCAAAGAGGAGCAACAAGGGCAUCGAGGAGUCUCAGCAGGAACCACAGAGAGGCCAAGCUGUCCGUCGGCCGGCUUUCACGCCAUCUGACAGCAGAACUGACACACAGGCGAGCUUCAGUGGCCCUGGGUACCACAGGUCACAUCUUUCAGAGCCAAAGUACCGCUCUGAUCCGUACUACCCUCAACACGCCCACCUACCCCGCCCUCCAUUGCUCGCCCAUCCUCCUCUGGGAAUUCCUCCAUCAACCUCUUUCCAGCCAUACAGAUGGACCCCCCCUCACUCAGACAACAGGUCCAGGCACCAAUCACCACCGGACCCUCAGUGGCCCCCCUCCUUUGCCUUGCAGGACAGAGGUGGAGCUCCUCUACCCCUCCUUCCACGCUACUUCCCCAACUGGACACCUGUGCCUAAUGGUGACAGGUCAGCUACGGGACAAAGUCGGUCCACAGUGAGACACCCAGAUACUCAGACACCCAGAUACUCCCAGGGACACGGAGCCAACACAUAUGAUAGAUAUUAGUUACCAGAACAGAUCAGCAGAUACAGCUUCAUGUUAAAUGGUUCCUUUGAUUUUAUGUUGCAGACAUGGCAGUGCUGCCAUGUGUUGCAGUUGUUUUAAUAAACAGUCCAGUCCAGGCUUUUAAAACACUCCUCUGACCACUCUAUCAGGUAUAAAGAAGCUUUAAAUACAGUCCUGCGACAAGCUGCUGCUGUCUUCGCUGAUUUGUGUUUUUUCCCCUAAGAUCAGACAGAUUUCUCUCACCUGACUCUGCCUUGGAAAACCAACAUUUAUAUUCUUUUUACUGACCUUCCCCCAGAUUAUCACAAUAAAACUUUGUUCAUUUUUA